GUGCGACACUUCUGUCUUGUAGACGGAACUUUCCAAGGUCUUUCUAUUAGCGCGCCGAGCCUAUCCUCACGAAAGGCACAUUGCAAACAUGGUGCUCUCGUUCAUCUUGAUCCAGAACAGGCAAGGCAAGACGCGGUUGGCAAAGUGGUAUGCGCCGUAUAGUGAUGAGGAGAAGGUCAAGUUGAAGGGCGAGGUUCAUCGCCUCAUUGCGCCACGCGACCAGAAGCACCAGUCCAACUUCGUCGAAUUCCGAAACAUGUCUAAGAUCGUAUACCGCCGAUACGCUGGCCUCUUCUUUUGCGCAUGCGUCGAUACAAAUGAUAAUGAGUUGGCGUACUUGGAGGCGAUACAUUUCUUUGUAGAGGUGUUGGACGCGUUCUUUGGUAAUGUCUGUGAGCUGGAUUUGGUCUUCAACUUCUACAAGGUGUACGCUAUCCUCGACGAAGUGUUCCUAGCGGGCGAGAUCGAAGAGACAAGUAAACAGGUGGUCUUGACACGGCUGGCGCAUCUUGAUAAACUAGAAUGAGCGCCAUGGAAAUAUGGUGGGUAUACUUGUGCGCGUGGCCGCGGGUUGAGAUUAUCACACAUGCAGCUAGGGUCAGCGCUCCACGAUGGAAAGAGAAGAUGGGAACAUGGAAACUGGACUUGGGGUGUGCACACGGCGAUAUACAGAUAUGACGUAUAUUACGCAGUGAAGGGAGCGUAUAGAACCCCUACAGGGCGCUUCUAGAAGACAUGGCUCAAACGUGGGUAUCUGCACAGCAUUGAGGUGCACGUGAAAUAACAUGUGCGUUGCG